CUUUCUAUCCCCAAAUCUCUCAAUCAAAACUACUGCUGAGUUCAGUCCCCUGGCUGUUUCAGACAAGCUGCGAACUUCAAGUCCUUUUGUUCAAACGAUCCUCAAAACCAAACCAACGCCCUCCCAGAAGAUCUUCCUACAAAAAUGAAACGAAAGAAGUGGUCAGAGCUUGAAGAACAAACCCUUUUGUCCAAAUACUCUGAUCUUCUCAAUUCAGGAACUUUAUCUAAACUGAAAACCAGAGAGAAAAAGUUCAAGCCUGUAGCUGACCAUGUUAACUCAGUCCAUCAUCUUCAAGAUCCCAUUACUUUUCCUUUCAAAUGGUCUUGGCGUGAUGUGUCUAUUAAGGUUCAAAACAUGAGGCACCAGUAUUUGGGGGUGAAGCAGAAGAUUAGGAUUUCAAAGGAUGAGUUUAAUUGGAAAGAUGGUGAGAAUCAUUGGGAAAACUUUUUGAAGUAUAAAGAGGUUUUUGGUGAUGUGGAACUUGAAGUUAAAGGGAAGAAAGGAAGUGAAAGUAAUGGUAAUGGGAGUGAUUUGUUUGAGGAUUGUUGUGACUUGGGUUUUGAAAUUGAUAGUGAGGAUUUUGAGGAGGAAGAGGAAGACGAUGGUGUUGAUGGGGAUGGGGAUGGGGAUGAUGGUGGUGAGGAGAAGGUAGGGAGUGAGGGUGAGUUUGGAGGAGAGAGGGAAUUUGGUGAUGUUGGUAUUUCUCGGGUUCGAAAAUCGAGGAAAAGUUUAGGAGGAAGUAAGGGGUUUGGUUUGCUUGGGACACAAGUUUUGGAGUUGAGAGAUGUGGUGGUGAGGAGGGAAGAAAAAAGGAAGGAAAGAGAGUUUGUAAGAGAGAAAGGAGAGAUGGAGAGGGAGCAAAAGAGGAGAGAGUUGGAAUUUGGCAAGGAGAAGCGAUGGAGUGAGAGGGAGGAGAGGGUGGAGGAUAGGGAAAUGGAGUUGGAGGAAAGGGAGUUGGUCUGGGCUAGGAGGGAGGGUGACAGAAGAUUGAGGUUAGAGAAGGAAUUGGAUGAGGAGAGGAGGAGGAGGAGGAGAAUGGAGGAGAAGCGCGAAGAGGAAGAGAUGGAUUGGAAGGAGAGGUUGGUGGGAUUGCAGAUUGAACAUGAGAAAACAAUGAUGCAAAUGCAUAUGGAUGCAUGCCAGAACCAAAUGCAGAUUCUUGGGGUUAUGGCUAGACUCUUUUGUCAGUUUUAUGGUUCAGCAAAUGAUGGAUUAGGAGCUGGUUUGGGGGGUUUGCCUCCUCAAGUUUUGCAAAAUUUGCAGCAUCCUGGAGGUUUAGGUGACAAUGUGAAGCCUGAUUCCAAUUCUCCUUCUGAAUUCAUCUAGAGUAUAAUUCAAUCACUUUUGUGCAUAGUAUUGUCGCUGAAGCUCAAACAAAAUGUAAAGUUAGUUGACUUUUAUUUGUAUCUUGGAUGUUUUCUGGUGUGAUAACUGGAUAGAAUGAGUUGUUACUCUUAACAUCUGUUGCAUUGAUUUAUUAUGAUAUAAAAUUAUGCAAUUUUUCCAUAGUCUUGUGAUAUUCUUAUUUCUUCUGAUAUUUCAAUUAAUACUUUUUUUGACAUUUGCAACUUAAGGUUCCUGAUUAGUUGCUUUUUCUUGUUAAAAUAGAUGAUGCAUAAUGGGCAUAGCAAAUUGAUUGAUUAUGCUUAUUUUAAGGAGAAAGGAAAUUAUGUUAUACGCAACUGAAAUAAGUUGUUUUUACUUUCCUCUGCUUAUUGUUAAAGCAAAAACAUAGCUGCUUUUGUUGUAUUUUUUGUCCAUUAAGCUUGUGUUACUUUUGGUGCUAUAUUGUUUAAUGUUAGAACAGACAUACUUUUCAUAGGAAUUGAAUAAGUAUUAAACAUACAAGAAAGAAAUUUAAAAAAGAAAAAAACAACAAAGUGAAAGGAAAAUGUGAGAUUGUUAUCUGAAAGAGAUAAUAAAAGGAAAAAGUAAAUAAUUGAUGUUGCUUGCCUAAAAAUCUGCUUUCGUAUGAAUAAUUUUUCUUACUGGCAUUGAUUAAGGAAUGGACAUUACUGAUUUCCUUGGGAAGCAUGCAUGACAAUACUUAUUUUCUUCCCCAUCCACUGCUUUAUGCCUUAAUCCUUUAUGUUUGGUUAUUGUGAGGACUCUUGGAUGAAUGCAAUGUUUUCCAUGUUUCUUGGUAGUAGCUUGAUGUGAAAUGCAGCUGAAAGUGCUGUGAUUCUUUGGUACUUGAACUGUUUCAUUGUCUAUGAGGGCUUUCACCUUUGUGGGUGUGUGUGCAUACAUGGAUGUGAGAUUGUCUCUGAGUUUUAGUGUUUUCACUUGACUGCAAUGCUGCAAAUAGAGAAAUAAGUUUAAGACUAGGAGGAAAUUGGCGAAAGAACAUGGCAAAAAGAAUUGGAAAUUAACAGAAUUAAACAUGGGGAAGUGAUGAAAUUUGACAGAGGAAAAGUGACGGAGAAUGUGGGGCUCCUAGCAAGUUGGGCGAGGUAACUAUUCUUUUAAAAGAUGUUCAGAUAGAAUGUGUAUGUGACAAGAAGCCACAGAGGAACGUAAUGACAGACGAGAAAAGGGUACUAGAAGAGGAUGUAAAGUGGAUAGAAUUCAUGAUGAGGUUGCCUGUUUGGCACGAGGCUAAUGGAAAAAUAAUAUGUAUCACUGUCCCCUCAAGCCAAUGCAGAUUCCUGAGGUUAUCACUUGCCUUUCCUUGCAAGCAUUUCUGCCUCUGAUACAGAGCCAGAAGCUCGUUUGUAUGCUGAGUAGAUGGUAAGUAAACUAUUCUUUUUCCUUUUGUUGGUUAAUUAAGCUUGUAUGAGUGAAGGUCAAGUGAUUUUCUUGAUAUUGGACAGUCUCAUAUUUAGAAUGGUCAGAGAGAAUUGUAAUGACUUUCAUCUUCUUUUACAGUGAAUUUUGUCCUGAAUUAUA